UUUCUGUGGCUGAUUGGGUAAUUAAAGACGUGUCGCUUACUGUAGUUAAACGUUACGACAAAACCCUAGUUGUCGUGGUAAAUAAAUAACUUAAAGGGUUGUAUUUGCCGUAGCCAAUAUUAUUAUUAUUAUUUUUUUUAAUACGUCUAGAUUUUAUUUUUUUCAAUUGAGUUUAGUAAGCUAUGGCCGAUAUCGACAAGCUUAACAUAGACAGUAUCAUCCAGCGCCUGUUGGAAGUGAGGGGCUCUAAACCAGGCAAGAAUGUACAGCUUCAGGAAAAUGAGAUUCGGGGGCUUUGCCUCAAAUCCCGUGAAAUAUUUCUUAGCCAGCCCAUUUUGCUAGAACUUGAAGCUCCUCUUAAAGUAUGUGGCGAUAUCCACGGGCAGUACUAUGACUUGCUUCGAUUGUUUGAAUACGGGGGCUUCCCACCUGAGAGCAACUACCUGUUUCUGGGUGACUAUGUGGACCGAGGGAAGCAGUCUUUGGAGACAAUCUGCCUACUCCUAGCAUACAAGAUCAAAUAUCCAGAGAACUUUUUCCUGUUGCGAGGAAACCAUGAGUGUGCCAGCAUCAACAGAAUAUAUGGCUUUUAUGAUGAAUGUAAAAGGCGAUACAACAUCAAGUUAUGGAAAACCUUUACAGACUGCUUUAACUGCCUACCAAUAGCAGCUAUUGUGGAUGAAAAGAUCUUCUGUUGUCAUGGGGGUCUGUCUCCUGAUCUUCAGUCAAUGGAGCAGAUCAGGCGGAUCAUGCGCCCCACUGACGUACCGGACCAGGGUCUGCUGUGUGAUCUGCUCUGGUCUGAUCCAGACAAGGAUGUGCUGGGCUGGGGGGAGAAUGACAGAGGGGUCUCCUUCACAUUUGGCGCUGAAGUAGUUGCCAAAUUCCUACAUAAACACGACUUGGACCUAAUAUGUCGAGCCCAUCAGGUUGUGGAAGAUGGCUAUGAGUUCUUUGCAAAAAGACAGUUGGUGACUUUAUUUUCUGCACCCAACUACUGUGGAGAAUUUGACAACGCUGGGGCCAUGAUGAGUGUUGAUGAAACCCUCAUGUGUUCUUUUCAGAUUUUAAAACCGGCAGAGAAGAAAAAGUCCAAUGCAAGUCGGCCUGUCACACCGCCAAGAAACAUGGUCACAAAACAAGCCAAGAAAUAGGACCGUCUGGCAGUGCUCAGUUGGACUUGUAAAAUACAAUCUCUCUCUUUUGUAAUGUGUAUCGAUUUGGCUUGCCUGGAAUAGGUUGUUCAGUGGUUUCUCUGACAUGGUGGGUUGGGGGGGGGGCCCAAAAAAACUUUUGCAACAGGAAUGAGAGGACUGCUACUCCAAGAUGACGAGUGAAAUUUUAAAUACAUUUUAUAGCUCUUGAAACUAAAUGGUUGUUCAACCUGCAGCAGACUUGUCUGUACCCUCCACUGCAGCCAGGCUUCAUAAGGUUUUUUCAGCUCAUAUCUGGUACAGCCACAAACUGAUUGUAAAUGGGUCAUUUUUAGCUUUGUUAGGAGCCUAAGAAGAUAAGUUAGUUAUGUGGUUUAAUUAAACAAUAAGACCUUCAUAACUUCACUGCAAGUUUUGACACCGGCAUAACAAUUUAUUCAAACCACUAUGAACUGUAAUAGCUUAGUAUACCUUUUAUUUUUUAUUUUUUUUUAUUACUUUGUCAUAAAGGAUUUUAGUUUUAGGUUGUGUUUUUAAAUGUAAACCCAAUUGUCUUGUAUAGUUGUCUUCAGAAACAACCCUCCAUUUUUGCCAGCAUCACUGAAUUGGUGUAUGUUUGAUUUUUAAGCACACUUCCUGUACUGUAUUCUUUAAAUGAAUAAAGCAGUUAUUUUAA